AAAUAUCGGCGUGAUUUCUGAUUGAAUAAAUCACUUAUAAAAUUCAUUUAGUGAAGGUUGUAAAGAACUCAAAGCAAUAAGAGAGCUUUUAUGACUUUUUUGUAUUUAAGAACAGGAUAAAUAAUAAUGGAGCAUCUGUCGCGCCUUUUAAUUUGAUGUUAGAUUAAUAUUUGGCCAUUCAGCUAUGGCAUCAAGCCCUCCUCUUCUUACAACAGAUGAAGAGGAUGAGUACACUAAUUCUGGAAAAAGCAACUUCCAAAGGGCGUAUGUAAAAGGAGGAGUAGUAACAUCCCCAAAAGGCACACGAAAGGAGAAAGAUGGCGUUUUUUCUAGAUUGAGUGGGAGGGCUUUAGACAAUCAGAAAAAGAUAAAUGUAAAACUAGAAGAUAAAAUCGCAGUCUUGAAAAUCAAAUUACAAAAUGAAGUUCAGAAUCGGUUGGAUCAGGAAAGAAAACUACACACUAUCGUGAAAGAUUGCAAUAAGAUUCAGCUUGGAAACGGAAAUACAAUGAAGAUACUUGAGUACGACCCGGACAGGGAAGAUCCCAUUCCAUUGUUGAAACAACUUAUGCAGAUAAAUAGAGAAGCUCAUGAUGAAAUCGUUCAAAAGUUCACAAUAUCAGAAAGCAAGCUGGAAAAAAAUAGUAAAUAUCUGCAAAAGAUUCAUUCGGUGGUACUGCAGUUAAGAGAAACUAGGUCACCUAGUACCGAACAUCAAAAGAUGGAACAACUAAAAGAAAUGGUGGAAAUACCAACAGAAAACGAUGACUUCUCCUCACUCGAAAAAGCCUUUGAAGGUCUGAAAGUAGAUGAAGGAACCAACAGUUUCGCAGAUCUCAACGAUGGUGCAAAACGAGGCAUUAGGAUCAUUUUAUAUAAGUUUGGAUCAAUUACUCGACAAGCAUUUGCAAAUGAACUAGGCCUACGGCUUGAAAAACAGCACAGAGCAGGAGAAGAGUCACUUGACGAAGAUUCUUGUGCAUCGAUUAUUCUAGGCUGGUUGAAGAAACAUGACAACUAUGUUCCUGAAUUGCUUGAUAUUUUAAAGGGUAUUGAAAAUCAACUCAUUCGAGCUUCGAUGGGAGAACAUAAAGAGCAGACAUUCGCAAAAUGCUGCGACACAGGGAGAGAUGUCCAUGUCCAACCUGUGAUAAGUAAGCCCAUUUUUCUUCAAAGGAAACGUCAAAUUGGCGAUUCUGUCCUUUCUCUUAAGUCUAACAGAAGUGAUGUUAGCGAAACGUUUGAGAGAUACGCUAGCGAAACCAUUCAAAAGGCAGCAGAUUUUCCUGAUGUUAGACCAGACACAGAUGCAUAUUUAAGCGCUAUUUACAUGCUACUCAUGGAUAACACCAGAACCUUAAAUACUAUUGACGAGAAAGUUAGUUCGACGGACGACAAAGUAAAUGUUGUUCGCGCCUCCAAGAAUGAUCCAGCGGAAGACGAAACAAAUGGCUCGACUAAAGAUGUAGAAAUUGGAGAAGAUGAAGAAAGUGAGAAAUAUGUGUGACUAACAUGUUAUAUUUUAUUCUUUCUAGUUGAUUCCUGAAAUAUAACGGUAGAUUAUAUUAAUUUUGUACAUUAUUUGUUUCAUACAAGAUUUGCAUUUUAUAUUGUUCUCUAUUACUACACAGGUGCGCGAAAGAAUAUGUACUAUAAAUGCUCACAAUUGUCUUUUUUUUCCAAAAUGACAUACAUUUUGUCCCCAUGUUUGUGACGUUUCUAAAUGCGGGUAAUGUUACGGGCAUAAAACUGUUAUGAUUUUUUAAAAAAAUUGAAAGAGAAAGAAACAAGUAUCAUAUAUAAUAUCCUCCACAUUUUCAGUUUAAAGCAUAUGUAUGUUACAUAACUUUGCUUUGUACAGAUAUUGCUUUGAUUGUUUGUAUUACAUGCAAGAUCGAAAUAUAUUUCACCAGUGAACACCCGGUAUGAUUAUCAUAAUAUCAAUGACACACAGGUAUAAUGAAAACUUUGGUUUUCACUCGGUGAAAGACAUUCCGAUCUUACACUGAAACAAACACAAGUCCCCUAUAUCAGCCUCCACUAAAUUCUACUAUAUUUCAUGAAUUUAGUAUGUAUAUGUUACCUCAGUAUAUUUGCUUGUUGCAGAUAAUGCUUCUGUUGUAGGCACAUGUCACUUCUUUUUCACAAGCUAUAUGUAUUUAUAUCCUUAACUAUAUGAUAAUAAUAUGUUAUUACUGGUUCAGUCCUGGUUCUAUAUCUUUUAUUCGUUAGGCCUACCUCAUGGAAUUCCUUUAUUUCGACACAUAAAUUGCUUCAGCAUAUUGCGAAAAGGGACAGUUUUGUGGUUCAGUUAUACAUGUUGUAAAUUGUUCAUAAAUAGCCAGUUUAUAUUAUCAUGCUAACAUUUACAUUCCAACCUCUUUUCGUCAAUUUAUUAACACGUUUUUGUGAAUAUGCUAUUUUCCUAUGCAUUGUUAUCAUGUUUUAACUCAGAUAAGCUAAUGUGUUACUUAUUGACCAUACUAUUCAAAUAAAAUCAUUUAUUUCAAA